UUGUGUAAUUUAGCUAGGUAAAGUUGCCUUAUUGGAAUGGAAGUGUCUGAGAAACCAAGACGGGACCCCAUGCACACGAGUACUGGUGUCGCCCAUAUCUACAGACCGCCUGUGCCAUAUAGGGCUGAAAGUCGUCUAAGUGCUGCCCUUCCCCCACUCCUCCAUCGUCCCAGCAUCAUCCCCCCCACCAGGCACUUCUCCACCUCCUCCGGGGAGGAGCACGACAGCAAGCUCCUGACGGGGCCCUUGCCACACCCACUGUACUCCAAGGCUGCCCCGCACUGGGCCAUCAACUUUAUUGACGAGAUGGCUGAUAGGCUAAGGCACUGUCCCUCGAUGAGAAUGCUCACCCAGCCAGUCAGUGAGACGCAGGAUUGCUAUAGGGGGCUGAGUGCCCCCGAGGGGCGGGCGGCAGAGCACUACAACCCAUUGCAGGCACUAUAUAGGCAGCUUGACACUGAUAAGGUCCCGACUGCGAACGUGCCCUGUAUCAGCACUGCCCGUGGAGACUACAGGUAUUUUAGCAGGUCUGAGCUCUCCCCUCUUGGCAGCUUGGAUACCACAUCCACUCAUGGCAACUAUCCACACACAAUUGGUGGAGCUUAUAGCCACAUACCUCCCCACAAAUUCCAACCCACUAUGUCAUACCAAGCUUGUUUGCUCCACCCAUUAUUGCCUGUGCCUCAUAAUAGCAAAACAAGCCUCUACAGAGAUAGCUACACCAUUCCUGCCAGUUCACUAACUGCUACUGUCCCUGCAGAUGUCCCAGACUGGAAUAAGGCAAAGGCAGGGAGAGGUCUCAUUGGUCAUAUUUUAAAGGUUCCCAAAAUGUACAAUACAGAAAGUGGGAGAUAUGGGGGAAAUAAAGUUGUGUUGGUUUAA